ACCGUAACAGCGUAGCUUACUUCAGGUAAAGCGCGUGCAAGAGACUUGUCCCUGCACGAGCGAAAGAUCCAGAAACUUCUUUCGGACUGCGCGAGCGAGGCCACGGUGACUUGAUUCUAGAUGCGUCAUUGCGCACAACGAGGAAAAGCAGUUACUGGUCUAGGAUUGAUAUUUACAUUUUGCCCUGUUGUUUUUCGCUACAGAAGAGAAUUUCCAACAACACAUCGUGGUUAAUACUGCGGUCUGGAGUGGGAAGAAAUAGAUAGCAAGAGAUGCAGCCAGCAACAGCGAAGUGGUACGACAGAAGGGACUCUGUCUUUAUUGAGUUCCUGGUAGAAGACAGCAAAGAUCUACAAGUGAAGUUUGAAAAAUCAAAACUUGAUUUCCGUUGUGUUGGUGGGAUUGAAACCCUCAAACACCAUAAUGAAUUGGACCUUUUCGACUCAAUUGAUCCCAAUGCAUCGAAGCACAAACGUACAGACAGAUCAGUGUUGUGUUGUCUGAAGAAAGCAGAGGCAGGAAGAGCAUGGCCACGGUUAACAAAAGACAAGGCAAAAUUUCAAUGGCUGGGUGUCGACUUCAACAACUGGAAAGACUGGGAAGAUGAUUCUGAUGAGGAUCUGUCCAGUUUCGACAAGUUCUCAGAGAUGAUGAAUACGAUGGGAGGAGAAGACGGCAUGCCAGAUCUGGGCAUGGGUGGUAUGGAAGGUCUCGAAGAGCACGACAGCGAUGAUGAAAAGAUGCCAGACCUGGAGUAAUGGUGCAUAUAAAGUCUGUAACCGAUGACAAGAAAUGAAAGCCUCAAAGGUCGGUUGAAGAGAGAGACGAGUUGAGUUGGUAGCCAUAUUUGAAAAAGGAGGAAAUAUCAGCAGUUUUCCAAACACGUCAGAGGAACCUCACUGAGGAGAGACUAUCUGUCGUCAUGGCAUCGCAGCAGAGCAUUCUCCAACCAAUGUCUUAGUGCUGUGCUUUGCUGUUCUAAUUCUGCAUGGACAAUUCAGUUGUUUCCAUGAUGUGCUGUGGGGUUCAGUUAUACCGUGCUUUAACUUAACAACCAGGGGUGACUUCAGCAAGGAACAGUGUUAUGGAACUUUCAGAUAGAAUUACGUCAUGUAGAACUAAGGUGCCACUGACAUGUAGAAUGAAGGAAUCGUGUCGGCUCAUCGUAUUUCAAUCUGUAACGUUUAACAAUGUUUUCCUACUGAAUGUGGCCCUGCUCUGAUGGGAUAGUCUGAAAGUUACUCUCCACCUUUUUAUUUAAUAACGUCAGUGAGGUUACGUAUUGAAUAUCAACAUAAUUGUAAAUUCUAACCGAAGAAAAAACAUGUUUUAAAACAACUGCCUAUUUUCAAUAAAGUUGUUUCUUUUUUUUAGUGAGAAAUGUCCCA